AUGGACACACCACCUCGUCGUCCGCGCCAUGCGGUGCACACAUUCCCCCUCCGCUACCUCGUCGUCGUCCCCAUCCUCCUCGCCCUGCUGACCGGCUACACCCUCUUCGUCCACUGCGACACGGACAUCUACAUGCUUUACAGCCAGUGCCAUGCCAGGUCGCGUGUCCCAUGGCUCUCUCAUAUCCCGGUGAUCGGCAGCCCUGCCUGCUUCCUAGUCAGCUUCUUUCAGAAGGCCGCGGCAUCCGUCUCCCUGCGCGCCAUCAGUAUCAUGGCGCUCGUCCUCUCGUUCCUGGCUGGCCUUUUGACAGUGAGCACGGUCGAGGCGGCGAGAAUCUGCAAUGCACCGGCGGUACUGAUUGCGUACCCCACGGGGCCAUGGCUCGUAUUCGACUUAAUCGGCGGUGCUAUGAUUUGGCAGCUGGUCAUCAUUCCAGCCUUCUUCCAUCGCAGCCGUGAGAUUAUCCUUGCCCGCCGUCGUGGAGGGCCGGCGCAGCUCUUGGGACCGGCCGAUCCGACAUUUGGUGAGGCCAUGCGACAUCUGGCCAAGGUUGCUGAGACAGUUGCCAUUCCCAUAGCCGUUGCACUCGGCUUCGUCGUUCCUUCUAUUCUGCUCCUCGUCCUCGACACCCCCAUCGUCGCCCUUGUGUGGCUGUUCUUCCCCGUCUGGGUUUCUCUCAUCAGGCAGGCUGUCCGCAAAAUUGUGCUCUCGCUGCGCGAGGUCUGGCAUUCCAGUUGCCAUCUCGAGUCGAACCGACUGGCGCUUGUAGCAGUCUACAUCAUCCCGACCAUUUGCUCGAUCAUUUCAUAUGUUCUAUUCCUGUGGAGCUUGACACAGCCCGACGAUCGCAAGGAAAUGACGCGCUCGACGGUCAAGUUUAUCAUAAUCAACACGUUUUUCAUCGGCCUGACAGUGCUAUAUUGGGUUUUUGUGGAAGCUGGAUGGAGAGUUGCUGCUGUGAUGGCUCUCGUCUCAGUGCUUCUAGGCCCUGGCGCGGGCAUUUGCAUUGGCUGGAUCUACCGGGAGAGUACUGUAGAUCCAGACGGGGGCGUGACCGUCGUUGUGGUUGGGGGCCGGAGGAACAGCGAAGAUGAUUGUUUAUCUGAACACACUCCGUUGCUGCGGUGA